GAGACUAUUGUCAAGCUACUUUACAACAUUGGUUCACGAAAAGAGGUUGAGCAGUAUCUCCGUCACUUUUCCUCUGUAGAAUCCCAAAAGUUUGCUGUGAUCAAGGUUGGAGGUGCUGUAUUGACAGAGGAGCUCGAAACUCUGGCUUCAGCACUGACAUUCCUCAACCGAGUUGGCCUUUCUCCUAUUGUUCUCCACGGGGCUGGCCCUCAAAUGAACGACUUGCUCGAAAAGGCCGGGGUUGAACCACAAUAUGAAGGAGGAAUUCGUAUCACUGAUGCCAACACACUCGAAAUUGCCCGCAAGGUAUUCAUGGCCGAGAAUCUCAAGCUGGUUGAUGCACUCGAGAGACUCGGUACACGCGCACGCCCUAUCCCAAGUGGCGUAUUUAUGGCCGAUUAUCUGGACAAGAGCACAUAUGGAUAUGUUGGCAAGAUUACUGGAGUAAACAAAGAACCCAUCGAGUCUGCUAUCCGUGCAGGUGCUUUACCAAUCCUGACUUCACUUGCUGAAACUCCAGAUGGCCAGUUUCUUAACGUGAAUGCAGACGUAGCCGCAGCCGAGUUGGCCACCGUAAUUGAACCACUCAAGAUCGUCUUUUUGAACGAAAAGAAUGGAUUGUAUCAUGGUGUAACCGGAGAAAAGCUAGACGUGAUCAACUUAGACGAGGAAUACGAGGAUUUACUUAAAGAACCUUGGGUGCGUUAUGGUACAAAGCUCAAGUUGACACAAUGCAAAGAGCUUCUUGAAAAUCUCCCUCGAUCAUCUUCUGUUGCCAUAUUGUCAGCCAGCAAUCUGCACAAAGAACUCUUCACUGACUCUGGUGCAGGAACCCUGAUUCGCCGAGGCCACAAGCUCUUCAAAUACGACAGCCUCAAACAAGUAGACCCUGAUAAACUUCGUCGCAUUAUGGAAGCAGAAGAUUUGACCAUCAAACGCCAUGAACAAUCUGUGGCAAGUUAUCUCCAAUCUCUGCAACAGCGUCAGAAGGUGACGAUAUACACCGAUGAGCCCGGACAGGUACUUGCAAUCAUCGGUCAAGACCUCAAUGACCCUUCCAAACCUGCAGUUCUCGAGAAAUUCCUGGCCAGUAAGACUGCAGUACUCAAUAAUGUUACAGACAACCUUUGGUCGGCCAUUCAAAAAGACCACCCAAAAUUGACAUGGAAGGUCAAUGCGUCUGAAUUUGCAAAUGGCAUGGACCGUUCAUGGCAUUUUGAACGUUCAGACGGAUCCUUGCGUACUCCUCAAGACGAUAGUACAACAUUCUUUUAUGGCAUCAAUGACCCUGCUCAAGUAAAGACCUUGUUUGAU